UAUCUACGAUCCUCCAUGACUGGAAAGGCCUCGCGAAGUAUCCAAUCGUUAGACAUCACAGAGUUAAAUUAUUCAAUCGCUAUUGACGUUCUUAAAGAAAAAUUCGACUGCCGCCGUCUAGUCUGCAUGCGCCACUGGGACUUGAUUUUCGACUAUCCGAAAAUAACUAAAGAGACGCCCGAAGCCAUAGAUGAUUUUCUCGAGACGGUCAAAGUAAAUCUCCAAGCUUCAGAGAAACUUGGUGAACCAGUCACAUCAAAGGUCGUUCUUAUCAAACUAUUUACAUCGAAGCUACCAUCAGCCAUCAUUCGCAAAUGGCAACGCACAUUACCGGACAAGAAUAUGCCGUCAUAUACACAUUUGGUAGACUUUCUGAAAACACGGACGAACGGCGAUAGAACAAGUUCAGCAUCAACCGUGAUGAAAAAGGCGUUGCGAAAUCACGCAUUCACAACUACACAUGAGACGUUGAUGUGUCCGAACUGCCAAGGACAACACGAAUUAUGGAAUUGUGAUGUCUUCAAAGCAAAGUCGCCCAAAGAACGCCUUGAAACCGCCAAAAGCGUACUCUGUACCAAUUGUUUAGGCAAGGGACACGCUUGUUCUCAAUGCUCCGCCGGUUCAUGUCGCAUCUCUAGGCAGCGACACCAUACAUAUUUGCAUCAAGACCAUGGUCAUAGCAAAUUACGAACACGUGUAAGCCGAACAUCGAGCGGUCGAUCGUCGAGCGGCCGAUCAUCCAAUGGUCGAUCUUCGCCUAGUUCACCGAACACACGUUUGUCAUAUCUUUCGAGACGUGCAUCCACGUCUCCCCGAACGUCUCCCCGAACGUCUCCCCGAACGUCUUCCCGAACGUCUCCGCGAAUAUCUCUGAAAUAUAUCAAAUAUCAUCAAAUAUAUCGACCAGUCCUAAACGACAAAGAAAGCAAUGACGUCAUCAGACGACCUUGCUAG